AUGGCCGACCUGGCGCCCAGCGCGCAGCCCUACUUCCGACACCGCGCCUUCUUCCACUCGCCGCAGGGCCAGGAGAUGUACGCGCUGCAGCGCUCCGCCACGGGUGAGUCUCUUGCACUUCCUGCAGCUGGUGACCGACCUGGCGCCCAGAGCACAGCCCUACUUCCGACACCGCUCCUUCUUCCACUCGCCGCAGGGCCAGGAGAUGUACGCGCUGCAGCGCUCCGCUACGGGUGA